CUGCGGCGGCGUUAAAGCCACUCGCAUGUGGCUAAAACCCGUGGAACUGCAACUUCCGCCACUUUCUGUCGAGACACAUCGAACUCGCUUCCCCGUCAUACUAAUAGUAGGACCCUCCGUUCAGCCUUUUAAAAAGCCGCAUUUCUAUUUUGUUUGCUUCACAAACACUCGCCAACACUCUGCAAAGUAACCUCAUUCACGAAACAUUUCCUCUUACACUCGACAACAUGAGCAGACUAAGACCUCUUCAAGGUGCCUGCAACUGCGGCCGCAAUAUGUAUUCCGUGGUUGUUCCGGAAGAUGCAACGGAGCGGGCACAAGUCUUCUUUGACGAUAGCAGCGACAGUAGACGAAGUCAAGCCACACCGUUAACAGCAUGGCUGCGGGUGCCUCUAGAUUGGUACUUCUCGUCGACCCAAGCCUUCUUCCCUGACGAAACGCAUUCCUCGAUCCGACGCACUUUCACGCCUUUACAUGCACCACAUACCCAACGGGUGUUCUGCGGCUACUGUGGAACACACCUGUCAUACUGGACCGAACAACCAAGAUCCGAAGCCGACUACAUGAACGUUACCCUGGGCAGCCUUUUGAGCCGAGAUCUACAUGCCCUUCAGGACUUGGACUUGCUCCCUGAAGAGCUUGAGCUCGAGGAUGUCCAGCCUACUAGUGCCCAACGGAGUCUGGUCCAAGCUCCAACAGAGCAAACGAUAGUCACACAAGACGAGAACAAUGGGCUCACUCGAACACAGCGGACCGGUAGAAGUGGAGGGCUGGCUUGGUUUGAGGAGUUGCUCGAGGGAAGCCGUCUGGGCCGUACCCAGAACAUUAGGCGUGGUGUUGGAGUCAGCCCAGAUGGGUUUACCUCGGUUGAAUGGGAGAUAUCAGAGUACAUCGACGAUGGCACUGAGGAGAUGGACUCGGCGUCGACACCAACAGGCUCGAAGCGGAAGAUUGGCGACGUCGGCGGGAACGAUGCGAUGGUUUUGUAAGACUGCACGACGGAUUGGCGAGCAGAUGCAAUGUUAUCCUCAUAUUACAGAAAGGAGAUGGGGUAGAUGGUACCACCGUUUGCUCGUGGAAGACCUGAUCAGGGCUCCCCGCUGAGCCUCCGCUUACUGUGGGCUGAUAAAAUGAGAACCUCAUAAUGUCGAUGUCUUAAAAGCAAUAAGACUACACAGGCCAUCUUGUAGCUCAGGAUAGUCGAGGUUCGCACCAAAACACAGCGUUUCAUUUGAAUAGACCG